AACUUCCGGCCGACGCGAAGGCGGGGGAGCGCCCUUCUGCGCCUGCGCAGUCGCCUCAUCUCCAGCUGAGACGAGAACCCGAGGAUUUUACCGCGGCGGGAUGGAAGAGCCGGCCUGGCUCCAUCGCCUCUGAGCGCGGGCGCCCUUCUCUGUUUAAGCCGGAAAGGCCCGAACGGAGCCUCGCCGCGAGAGGGGGGCCGCGCGUGCGCAGCAGGGCCCUGGGCGCGAGCCGUGCGCGCAUGCGCCCCAGCGCGGGAGGACCCCGCUGCGAAGCGUUUCCAGGCCGGGCCGGGCCCGGGCGGCGCCCGGUCGUGAAGAGCGGCGUCGAGUCGGGCGGCACCAUGAGCGUCGGCGGCUCGGACCGCAACGAGGACUUCCACCAGCAGCUGCGGCUGCAGGAGCUCUACGAGCGGAAGGAGGGCGGGGGCGGCGAGGAGCCCUUCACUUACACCGACCCCGCCGACGGCACGCAGUACGAGUGGGACCGCGAGAAGAAGGCCUGGUUCCCCAAGAUCACUGAAGAUUUCUUGGCAACGUACCACGCUAACUAUGGUUUUUCCACUGAAAGCUCCAAUACUUCGGCGUCCGUUGCAAAGACUGAAUCUAAAGCUGCACUGGAUUCCAAGGCUGCCAAACCAUCACAGCUGCUGCCGACAGACCUUAAACAAAAAGGAGAGAAAAGAAAAGCCGAAGCAGGAUGGUUUCAUGUUGAAGAACAGAAAAAUACAAAUGUUUAUGUGACAGGUUUGCCACCAGAUAUCACAAAAGAUGAGUUUAUAGACGUUAUGUCAAAAUGUGGCAUCAUUAUGCGCAAUCUUCAAACGGAGGAACCAAAAAUCAAGCUCUACAAAGACAAGGAGGGAAACCUUAAAGGUGACGGACUCUGUUGUUAUUUAAAGAGAGAAUCUGUUGAACUUGCGCUGAAAUUGCUGGAUGAAAAAGAAAUCCGAGGCUACAGACUGCAUGUGGAAGUUGCCCAGUUCCAGCUUAAGGGGGAGUAUGAUGCCAGCAAGAAGAAAAAGAAAUGCAAAGAUUACAAAAAGAAGCUCUCUCAGCAACAAAAACUGCUGGAUUGGCGGCCGGAGAAGAAAGAGGGGAGCGUUAGAUUGCGACAAGAGCGGGUUAUCAUCAUCAGAAACAUGUUUCAUCCCAAAGAUUUUGAGGAGGACCCCUUAGUGCUAAAUGAGAUCCGGGAAGACCUACGGACAGAAUGUGAAAAAUUUGGUCAAGUAAAGAAAGUCAUUAUAUUUGAUAGGCAUCCCGAUGGAGUAGCGUCCAUAUCCUUUAAGGAAGCUGAAGAGGCUGAUGUCUGCAAACAGGCACUCAAUGGGCGAUGGUUUGGUGGACGGCAGCUCUCCGUGGAAACGUGGGACGGUGUAACUGAUUAUCAGGUUGAAGAAACCUCCCGGGAAAGAGAAGAAAGACUGAAGGGAUGGCAAGAAUUUUUAGGGGAUCCUGACCAAGAACAGCUUAAGAAGCCGUCGGAUGCAAAUUCUUCAGAAAGUGGCCCGCAGCGGGUCGAAAGAGACCCGCCCUCUCAAGAUAACGGGGCCGCUGAAGCUGACACAAAGACCGAAGCCGCUGAGGGAGGAGAUGCCCACAAAGGAGCCGGCGAAGAUGUCGUGGCGUCCACCGACAGCAGCGGGGCAGGCAGUGACGAAGAAGUAGAGACUUAACGCCACUCAUCGCUUGUCGAAAGCAUGAUUGCAGGCUCCCCUCAAGAUCUUUCUUCUCCUUUCCUGAUGCAGUUGCAAGCUCCACUCCAAUCAAUGAAUAUAAAUAAAUAUAUGUGUGUGUGUGUGUGUAUGAGCGCACGUUUCCUUGUUAGGACAUCACCGACGUGCUUUUAAAGUAUUGCAUAUAUAUAUAUACAUAUAUGCAGGUCUUGGUGUAUUCGGGUCUUUUCCCGUGUAAGAUUGAGAGUAUCUUGGCGACAGUCCCAUUCAUAUUCAUAUUCAUAUAUUUUCAUGUCUGGCUGCGACUGAAGCUGCGUAUAUGUCAUAAGUUGCCAAGAAUCCUGCUGAACUGACCAGCUGUCUUUUAAAGUUCCACCUUUGCUUGUCAGUGUCAAGUCCAUCCACGUGUGAAGUAGGUACAAUUUCCCCAGUUCCCCUGAACUACACCAUAAUCUUUAGACACCCAGGUAUGAACGCUUUUCGUUGUUGCUCUAAUGCCACCUCCUCCCAGCCUACUAAUCCUCUCUCUGUAUGAUACGGAUUCUUGCCUGCUGUGGAUGCACCGGCAUGGGCUUGAAAUAGCUGGUUUUCCUUAUUAUUAAUUGAUUUUUUUAAAGUAGCAGAUCAUUGAAGAUGUAUUCGCACUCUCCGCUGUCGAGGGAGAUUUGAAAGAUCAAGAUCUGAAGAUGCUAUUCUGGUGUGUGAAGUUCCUUGUGAUUCAUGUCCUUUGUUCGUUAAUAGAAGUCUGCGCUGAGGGAAGCUAGGUAAUAAACGGGAAAAAGAAUGUAUACAAGAUUAAUUCUGAUCUUCACUUUCUAAAUUUUUGUUUUGAUUAUUAACUCAUUGGAAACAUGCGGAGUGCAUGAUUGUUUGGAGGUGUGAUUCCUGCCUUGUUCCGGUGUUAACUGUUCAACUAUAGUUGUGUUUUGAGUAUUUGUCAAGACCAAGUGUACGACGCCUGUAUUUUUUUAUACUGGAUUGAUUAUAGGAGAUAACUACGAAUAAAAUUGUUUUGAGAUUCAUUCCCA